AGUGGGCUACCAUUUCAGACCGUGUACCGAAUUAUCGUGCCUUAUGCCUCCAACUCAACUCAACUUUUUCCUUUUUUUUCCUUUCAGGCGCUCGUUGUGCUGGGGAUAAGAAACGAUAUCACCUCAAGCGAAAAAGAGAAGAGCGUCCUCCUCGAAUACUGUCCUUUGAUUGCGAUUCCAGUAUUCGCGGUCGCUAACGUGCUAUAUUACGUUAGACAGGGCAAGAGAUGGUGGGAGGCUUUCCGCGUUCGAACAUCGUUAGCUUCUUCGAGCAUAGCGCCUUCGAAAACAGCAAAAACCAUCAGCAAGAUUCAUCCGGAGACAGAGAAUGUGAAGAACGGGACGUUCCGAGGAAAAUUUUGA